ACCUACUAGGAAUAAUUUCAGUUGCGCGCAACACUUCUAACUGUGAACAUGUGCCAUUGUUUUGCUCAGUUUGUGCUUCCAUAGACGUUUUAACUUAUUGUUUUUACAACAGAUGUUAAAAUAUAAUACCUAUUGUAAGUGGACAAGCAAAAGGAAUUCACUUACCUAUUCGUAUUUGAAAAAUGGAGAGAGGAAGACUGAUACAAUAUUUAGUAGCAUUUGCCUUAUCCCUGUCGACGGCCACAUUAGGUACCCUGUCAGCAUGGCCGACACCCGUCAUGCCAAAGUUCCAUAACAAUGAAACCAGUGUUCAAAUAACAAAGGAUGAGAUCGCCACAGUGCUGGCCAUGGCGCCGCCAGGGUUCGUGGCAGGCAGCCUGCUCACCCGGUUCAUGGCUGACAGUCUCGGGCGGCGGGCCACGGUCCUAGCGAGUGCUCUGCCGAUCGUCUGUGGAACGAUUAUUGCAGCAUUCGCGAGGGUAGCAUGGCUGCUCUGUAUUAUGAAGUUCCUUUGGGGCUUCGGAACAGGCAUGGUUUCCACGGUGGUAGGGAUAUACCUGGCAGAAAUCGCUGAUAAAGAUAUUCGGGCAACCCUUACAGUGGGCACCAGGUUUAUGUUCAACUUCGGAAGUCUUCUCGUCAUAUGUAUAGGAACCUUCCUGUCGUAUGAAACCCUAAACUAUUGUUUAUUGCUAAUGCCAGGGAUAUUUUUCGUGGCCUGUCUGUUUAUACCAGAAUCCCCGUAUUAUUACCUGAAGGAAGGUCGCGUGGAAAAUGCAAGGAAAUCCCUGCAAAAGUUUAAGAAUAAAGAGAUAAUAGAUCAGGAGCUAGAACUCAUGAAGCGGCACGUGUCAAAGGAAAUGCGAAACUCUAGUACUGCGCGCGAGUUUUUUACCGGGAGACAGUAUAGAAGACCAAUUGUUAUUGCCUUUGGUCUGAAGUUAACGCAGGUGCUGACGGGCGGGAUGACGAUACAACAAUACAUGGGCAGGAUCACACAGGAAAUUGAUUUAGACGUUCAACUGUCCACGCUCCUUAUCAUAUUCGGGGCGUUCAAAUUUUUUGUUGGUGUCAUGUCGUCAACGCUAGUCGAUCGAGUGGGACGUCGACCGCUCCUCAUAUAUUCCUACACCGGUACAGGAAUCUGCUUAGCCGUCGCAGGAACAUACUUCUUCCUCCAAGAAUACCUCCACGUCGACCAUUCUAUCCUCAAAUCCUUUGGGAAGGCUGCCUUCGUAGCUAUCAUCCUUUCCAACGGCAUUUCCACACUCGGUUAUAAUUCCGUCAUCGGAAUUAUUUCAGCGGAGAUAUUUCCCUUAAACAUUAAAUCUGUAGCCAUGACCUCUCUUAAUGUUUUUGGCGGUUGCUUAGGUUUUUCUGUUGCUAAGAGUUAUCAAGCUAUUAAAAAUGUAUCUGGUUUUUGCGGGGUGUUCUGGAUAUUUUCGGGAGUAGCGUUAUCUGGUGCGGUAUUUUCAUACUUCACAGUCCCUGAAACGAGCGGCAAAAGUUUACAGGAGAUUCAAGAUAUUUUACAGAUAGGCACUGUAAGUUCCGAUGAAGAGAAUAACCUGAAUGACGCCAAUGACGUUGAAAUUGUAGAAAAAUGUAGGGAGUUAAAAGAGUUAAGAAAGGAUAGUAAUUAAUAGUUAAGGUUAGGUUUUGUAAAAUCUGAAAUUAAGAGAUUAUCAAAAAUGUUUUAGUUCCAAAAAUUAAAAGGCUUUAAAAGUCUGGUAAGUAUAUUUUAAACUAGAUGUAAAGGUCUACAUGUAACUCGAGCAGUGCAUUUAAAUUUAAAAUAUUUUAUAAAAUACCUAGUACUUAGAUAUCUAUGGCUCGACAAUUCAAUUUUUUUUUAAAUGAUAAAUACAAGUACAUUGUACGAUGUACUAAAUAAGGGUAAUAAUAAGUAUAACUUAUUAAUAAGAAAAACAGUCUCAGGUUUUGGUGCGAAUUUAUUCCAAAAUCAUAUUAUAAGUCUGAUGAAAAAGAACAAAGGUACCUAGGCACUAUUUUUCAUAAUCCUUUUUAUUCUCUGAAGAAGCAUUUAGAGGCCUUUAUAAUAUGACAGUUGCCAAUUUUUUAAAGAAAAGUACAUACAUAAUUAGGUACCUGCCUCAGUAGUGGUUAGAAAUCAUUUCAAAGGGCAUGAGACGGGUCUGCCCGCGAAAUUCUAAUUUGGUUUUUCGCAAUUUGUAAACUAAUACGACAUGGUAGGCUUAUGGCAUUUUAAUUGCGUCAAUGGCAGUAUCAUCU